GGGCAGGCGGCCUGCCUGCGGCAGAUCCUGCUGCUCCAGCUGGACCUCAUCGAGCAGCAGCAGCAGCAGCUGCAGGCCAAGGAGCGGCAGAUCGAGGAGCUCAAGGCCGAGCGGGACACGCUGCUUGCGCGGAUCGAGCGCAUGGAAAGGCGGGUGCAGCUGGUGAAGAAGGACAGCGAGCGGGAGAAGCACCGCAUCUUCCAGGGCUUCGAGGUGGACGAGAAGCCGGAGGCGGAGGCGUGCGAGAAGCUGCCGCUGGAGUGUCCCCAGGACUUGCUGGAGCCCCCCCCGACCCUGCAGCCCAAGCACUUCCCCUACGGCAGGAACGGGAAGGGGCACAAAAGGAAGCCGACGUUUGGGAGCGCGGAGAGGAAGACGCCCGUUAAAAAACUGGUGUCCGAGUUCUCGAAAGUGAAGAGUAAAACUCCGAAGCACUCCCCGGGGAAGGAGGAAUCGGGCGGCUCCUUGUCCGAAACUGUUUGUAAACGAGAACUGCGGAGCCAAGAGACUCCGGAAAAACCCAGGUCGCUCCUGGAGACCCCGCUCCGAGCCUCGGCCCCACCAAAGGGCCCCGGUGCCCACCCCAAGGAGAAGGGCUUCUUCAGCAGCGAGACAGACGACCUGCCCUAUCUCUCAACCACGGAAAUGUACUUGUGCCGCUGGCACCAGCCGCCCCCGUCGCCGCUGCCUUUGCGGGAGCCCUCCCCAAAGAAGGAGGAGACUGUAGCAACAGCCCUGGUGCCGCGUGGGGCUAACGGCCUGGCCUCUUGCCCUGCAGUUCCGUCUUGGAGGGACCAUGUCGUGGAGCCCCUGAGAGACCCCAACCCCUCAGACCUCCUGGAGAACCUGGAUGACAGCGUCUUUUCGAAACGGCACGCGAAGCUGGAGCUGGACGAGAAACGAAGGAAAAGGUGGGACAUUCAGCGGAUCAGGGAACAGAGAAUUUUACAGCGGCUGCAGCUCCGAAUGUACAAAAGGAAAGGGAUUCAGGAGUCGGAGCCUGAAGUUACCUCAUUUUUCCCUGAGCCAGAUGACGUGGAAAGCUUGCUCAUCACCCCCUACCUGCCUGUCGUCGCCUUUGGCCGGCCCUUACCAAAACUGACCCCACAGAACUUCGAGCUGCCCUGGCUGGACGAGCGCAGCCGCUGCCGGCUGGAGGUGCAGAAGAAGCAGACACCGCACCGGACCUGCCGGAAAUAGCGGUGCCGCCGGGAGCUCCGUACGUCGCCGUGUCACGCCGACGGCCGCUGCCCUCCCUUGCCUUCUCAUUAACGGAUGGUUUCGUUCCUCCGUGACCCCGGUUUUGUUCUCUUGGGUUUUGCAACACGUUCCUCGGACUUUUCCCCCCGUGCUGGCAGCUGUACCCACAGCGGCACCAGUCAGCUGCCGGCUGAGGCUUCCCGCCGGCUGCUUCGGUCCCGGGGGAAGUGGGCAGACCCCAGACCCUGCCUGCCCGUCCUCGCUGCCUGCUGCGGCUCCGCGCGCUGCCCCUGCCCUCCCGCAGCCGAUGUUUGGUUCAUUUUGGACAUUCGGCUUCAAGCCACGGGCGGGAGCGUGGAGAGCACCGGGGCCAGACCCCCGCGUUGCGGGGGUGCCGCGUUUGCCAGCCGGGGAGGCCGCGUCCUGCUGGGACUCUGCCCGCCGCUGCCUUCUUGUUACGUUUAGUUAGAAAACGGGAUAAACACCGGUUUGUACCUGAGCAGUGCGAGAGGCAGUAGCGGGUGCCGCCAGCGGGUCCCGGCGCUGCUGGCUGGUGCCGUGGCGAGGAGCAGGGUGCCAGAAAGUGCCAGGAAGCCUCUUUGGUUUUUUUUUUUUCCCCUCCUGAGUGGCUGUAACGGGGUCAGAGGGGAGAGUUUAAAAACAAACCUUUUUUUUUUUUUUUUGUGAAAUAGAAAUCCUAUACGCACAAUUUUGGGUUUUUUAAUUUUUUUUUUGUUUUUAUAAUUUAAAUGUUUCGAGGUGCACGAGGUGUGUCCCGAGGAGUUGGGUUGG